AGAGCACAGCGUACGUUGCAAGGAAUUACUUAUCACCUCAAAGCUCCUGGAUCAUGGCCUUCCACGUUAUGAGUUAAACACGAUUAUUAAUGAAACCCUUCCCGCUCUCUCAAGUAUAAACUCGAGGACAUGAAAAAGUAUAGAACACGAGGCAACUAGAUGUGCUGCAGGAAAAUACAGAGAGAUGGGUUCUGAUAAAACCUCAAAAUCUGCUCAAGACCUGAAUGGGGAUGUAGAAGAAUUUGACAAAGAGCUGGCAAAAAUCAACAACAACAAUGGGAGAUGGGAGGAAGAGGCCUCAGAUUGGGACACUAAAAGGCAGGCGGAAUGGACCCCAGCUCCUGCCAAGACUUUCCAGCCGCCUCUCUCGCAAGAGCUUCAACUGCAGCUGGAUGCUGCCAGGGCCUUUAAAGUUCUUUUCUUCGCAGGUCGCGAGGACAAGUCCGGCCACUUCUCCAGUGACUCCGAAGAAGAAGAAGAACAAGAAGAAGGAGAACAAGGAGGAGAACAAGGAGGAGGAGGCUCUGCAGCCCUCGCUGACAAGGAAAACGAGGUUCGGAGCUAUUUUGAGAGCGCCCUGUACGAGAAUGAAGAGCUCAGAAGACUCUAUGUGGAGAAUUGUAAGCGGGGCCUUUUCCAGUGUGCAGUUUGCGCUGCAACAAAUGGAAAGGUGUGGAGAAUUUAUCCAAACUGCGCGGGGCUUAUCCAGCAUUCGAUGACUGUGCUGCACACAAAGAGCAAGGCCGCUCACCGGGGUUAUGGCCGCGCAAUCUGUGGUCUUCUGGGCUGGGACUCUGAUAAGUUUUUAGGGCUUCUCGGAAUUAAAAAGUUAAAGUCUCUCAACCUGAGUUCCAAGGGAGAGGAGUCUGACAAGGAAACUGAUUUUAGUGGUGAAAUAACAGCUUCUGAUGAGAAUGUUGCGCAGGGGAACCCCAAGAAUGUUGAAGAAGAAAAUCCACCUUCGCCAAAACGCUCAGAGGAGUCUAUUUCUAAGUGAUGUUGAGGUUUUAUUGGUUUCAAUCAGAAGAGAAGUGAGUGGGUGAAUAGGGCCAAUUGGGCUUGGUUACACUUGCACAUAUGGACUUCCAAAUUGCUCCAAACCGGUAAUCUGAUCCUAAUUGGCACACAUUGGGAAUUAAGCAAGUAUAUUAGGUGGCAAAUAGGGUGUCUAAUUUUUAUGUUUACCUUUGUUAUAUAUUUGUUCAUUUCAAGAUCAGUCUUUAUGCAUAUCCAACGAAGAUUGGAAUCUAUAACUCUGUACUUUUUUGUGUGACUUUUGAGUAAUGAAGAUACAUCUAAUCAAACAAAGUUCGAUAUUUUAUCGAUCGCAAUGAA